GUAACCCGAGUUCAAUUCUCGGUAGAACCUCUUUUUUCCACAUUUUUCCAAAAUCACCAGAAAGACAGUUCAUCCAUGCUUUCCAAUCUUAUUUACAUACAUCAAAUUUCAUAUUGCUCAUUACUAACAUAUUUAUUUUCCUUGGCGAUUCUUCAGUAAGAAAUGGAUGUGGCUGAUUGCUUUCUAGACGGCAAUGCAGACGUGGUCGAGUUCUGUCCUCGCGAAUCAUUUCAACACUUGCUAGCUGCUGCAACUUACACCCUUAAAGAGGGCGAUCACCCGAGCCGCUCUGGUAGUAUUUCUUUAUUUGAUGUUAAUGCUGAUGCUGGUGGUGGUGGUCGCGGUCUUGACUUGCUUUAUAGAGUCGAAACUUCGGGUAUCUUUGAUAUGAAGUGGAAUCCGGUUGAGGAUAAUGUGUGUCCCUUGCUGGCACAAGCUGAUGCUGAUGGUCACGUAAGGCUUCAUCGUAUUGAAAAUGCGGGAGACAAAACGGUAGCUAAUGGUAAUUUAAUGACAGAGGUGAAUGAUAAAGAAAUUAGUUCAUCUAUGUGCUUAUGCUUGGACUGGAAUCCCUUAGCAACAUCGAUCUCAGUGGGACUCUCCGACGGGUCAAUAUCGAUUAUCUCCUUUCUUGAGUCUCAACUAGAGAUAGUACACGAAUGGAAAGCACAUGAAUUUGAAGUCUGGGCUACUUGCUUUGAUCAUCACCAGCCAAAUCUUGUGUACACUGGUUCAGACGACUGCAAAUUCAGGGGCUGGGAUUUGCGGAGUUCGUCAAACUUGGCAUUUCAGAAUUCUAGAGCUCAUCAGAUGGGGGUAUGUUGUAUAUCAAAGAGUCUAACUGAUCCUCAUACACUACUCACUGGUAGCUACGACGAAUAUCUAAGAGUAUGGGAUGUUAGAUCAAUUUCAAAGCCUGUAAACGAAACUUCAAUCUCUUUAGGAGGAGGGGUUUGGAGAAUCAAACAGCAUCCUUUUGUACCAGGCAUAGUCUUGGCUGCUUGUAUGCACAAUGGCUUUGCAGUUGUCAAACUCAAAGGAGACGGAGCUGAAGUAAUUGAAACAUACAGUAAGCAUGGAUCACUUGCAUAUGGAGCAGAUUGGCAAAAAAGAAGCACAUCUCAUGAAGGUGGAAAGAAGAGUACUGCAGUAGCUACUUGCUCGUUUUAUGAUCGGUGCCUGAGGAUAUGGGUGCCUGAGAGCACUAUUGCUACAUGAUAAUUCUUCUAUAUGGGGAGACUGUCAUGAAUACAGAAGCAACCAAGGACUUAAUCAAAUAUGCAAGGCGACUUAAGAAGGGCAAGGAGGACAUUUCAGUUGUGGGAGUCAACAACGCUGGUCAAGGGACAGAAGAGUAAAAUACAGCUGCAAACACACAAAAGGAGUGCGUAGGGUGUGAGGAGGAUUAUCGGAAUAUUCUGAGUUGUUAUUUCUUUAUUUUCUCUGGAGAGAUCUGGGCCUCUCGAAAGCUCAGCUUAUCACAUUUUCUGUAAUUUGUGCUUGGAUUGUUAGUGAUUUGGUGGUGAAGUGAAU